AUGAGACCACCGCGUUCCUGCGGGCUGUGUCGGGUUCGAAGAUGGCGGCCACGACGGAACAAACUGAAAAUCGCAGUGGUGGUGCAGCUCCUUUGGGGAAUGACGGAGGACUGGGAACCGGGAAGGCACCGGGGCACACCGGUGGGACGAUGCAAGAAGGACCACCGCCGCAAACUGCUACUACGAAGGAAAAGCUCGCGGCCACAGUUCGACCCGCGUCUGGUUCCUCAAAAGUCCUCCAAGAAGUGGCGACCAACGCGGACAUGGUCGCGGAGGAAACCGACGUCUCUACCGAAGACGCUGACCUAA